UGUGUCUGGCUUUAUCUCAGUUCGCUUGUGUCGCAUUGUUUGAGUGGACGUAAACAAAAGAAAAGAAAGUAAUACAAAAUGUUGUCGCUGGCUCUUUUUCUGGUGGUUAGCGCCAUCGCCACCCUCUUCCUUUGGGACUACUUGACGCGGAAACGACGUAAUGACAUGCUCCAUUAUAUGCCGGGUCCACCGGCUCUGCCACUGCUCGGCAAUGUCCUGAUGUAUCGCGGUCUGAAAGCUGAACAGCUCAUGGAUUUCAUCCAGAAGAAUCGGGAUCUUUAUGGGACAAUGUAUCGAGUUUGGGUACUCAAACAGUUGGCUGUAUUCUCAACGGAUCCGCGAGACAUUGAGAUCAUAUUGAGCAGUCCACAGCAUAUUACCAAGAACAAUCUGUACGAGCUACUGCAUUGUUGGCUCGGCACCGGCCUCUUGAUGAGCACGGGCAAGAAAUGGCACACUCGUCGCAAGAUCAUUACGCCCGCAUUCCAUUUCAAGAUAUUGGAGCAAUUUGUGGAGAUAUUCGAUCAACAGAGUUCGAUAUUGGUCGAACAGUUGAGGAAACAUGCCGAUGGCGAAACGCCAAUCAAUGUCUUCCCAUUCAUUUGUCUCGAGGCCCUGGACAUAAUAGCGGAAACGUCAAUGGGUACCCGCAUCAAUGCCCAAAUGAAUCCUAAUUUGCCCUAUGUCCAAGCGGUGACUGAUGUCACCAAUAUAAUGAUAACCCGAUUUAUAAACGCUUGGCAGCGCAUCGAAUGGUUAUAUCGUCUUGUCAAGCCGUCGAUGGCCAAGAAACAGGAUUUGGCCAUCCAGACGUUGCACAAAUUCACCGACGAUAUCAUUCAAAAGCGUCGUCAGGCGUUAAUCAAUGGACCCGAAACCAAAACCCAGGAAACCAAUGCCGAUGAUGUUGGUCAGAAGCAGCGGAUGGCCCUGCUGGACGUACUGCUCCAGGCCACCGUCAAUGGCCAGCCAUUGUCCAAUGAGGACAUUAGAGAAGAGGUCGAUACAUUUAUGUUUGAGGGUCAUGAUACAACCACCAGUGCCAUUUCAUUUUGUCUCUAUGAGAUUUCUCGGGACGCCAGGGUUCAGAAAUUGCUACUCGAAGAGAUCCAGGAUAAACUUUCGCCCGGCAAACCCACAACUCAACGAGAUUUGGGUGAACUAAAGUACUUGGAAUGCGUGAUCAAGGAAUCACUGCGCAUGCAUCCGCCAGUGCCAAUGAUAGGCCGUUGGUUCCACGAAGAUGUGGAAAUACGCGGUAAGCGUAUUCCAGCUGGCACCAAUUUCACCGUUGGCAUCUAUUUCUUGAUGCGGGAUCCCUUAUACUUUGAUUCGCCAAAUGAAUUCCGGCCGGAGCGGUUUCUCAAUGAUCAAACCACAAAUCCCUAUGCCUAUAUACCAUUCUCGGCGGGUCCCCGCAACUGCAUUGGCCAAAAGUUUGCCGUUUUAGAGAUGAAGAGCACCAUAAGCAAACUCUUGCAGCACUACGAGCUGUUGCCCCUGGGUCCAGAUCCACUUCCCUUAAUGAAUAUUGUAUUGCGCUCAGUGAAUGGUGUACAUUUGGGCCUCCGACCGAGAAAGAUCGCGAUGUAGGAAAACAAAGUCAUAUAAAGCCAUUGCAAUAAAUCGAAAUGCUCUUUGUGUUUGAAUGACACGAGAUAACGUUGAA